GCGCGUGGGCCCCUUUCCUCAGCUGCCGCCAAGGUGCUCGGUUCUUCCGAGGGAGCUAAGGCCGCGUUGGGGUGAGGCCCUCACUUCAUCCGGCGACUAGCACCGCGCCCGGCAGCGCCAUGGCCUCCGUCUCCGAGCUCGCCUGCAUCUACUCGGCCCUGAUUCUGCACGACGACGAGGUGACCGUCACGGAGGACAAGAUCAACGCCCUCAUCAAGGCGGCCGGCGUCAACGUGGAGCCCUUCUGGCCUGGCUUGUUCGCCAAGGCCCUGGCCAAUGUCAACAUCGGCAGCCUCAUCUGCAACGUCGGGGCUGGUGGACCUGCUCCCGCAGCAGGUGCUGCCCCCGCGGGAGGCCCUGCGCCCGCUGCGGCUGCUGCUCCAGCUGAGGAGAAGAAGGUGGAGGCCAAGAAGGAAGAGUCGGAGGAGUCUGACGACGACAUGGGCUUCGGGCUGUUUGACUAAGACUGGUUUUUGUCAAUAAAAAAACUUGUGCUCUU